AUGAAACUCGGUGGAAUCAAAUCGGUAGACAACGCGCACGACGACUCAGUCUGGGCAGUCACAUGGGCACCCGCAACCGCCACCCGACCUCCGCUCCUCCUCACCGGCUCACUCGACGAGACCGUACGCCUCUGGAAAUCCGAUGACCUUAUUCUCGAACGCACCAACACCGGCCACUGUCUCGGCGUCGCCUCCGUAGCCGCUCAUCCACUUGGCUCAAUCGCCGCCUCUUCGUCCCUCGAUAGCUUUGUUCGCGUCUUCGAUGUCGAUUCCAAUGCCACUAUCGCUACUCUCGAAGCUCCUCCUUCUGAAGUCUGGCAAAUGCGUUUCGAUCCCAAGGGUGCCAUUCUAGCAGUUGCUGGUGGAGGUAGUGCAUCAAUCAAUCUUUGGAACACUUCCACAUGGGAACUGGUUGCGACCCUUUCAAUUCCUCGUGUAGAAGGACCCAAACCCAGUGACAAAAGUGCCAGCAAGAAAUUUGUCCUAUCUGUCGCAUGGAGCCCUGAUGGAAAACGACUUGCAUGUGGCUCAAUGGAUGGCACCAUUUCUGUUUUCGAUGCACAACGGAACAAAUUUUUACAUCACCUUGAAGGCCACUUCAUGCCUGUGCGUUCUCUCGUUUAUUCUCCUUACGAUCCAAGGCUAUUGUUUUCAGCUUCAGAUGACGGUAAUGUCCACAUGUAUGAUGCUGAGGGGAAAGCCUUAGUUGGAACCAUGUCAGGACAUGCUAGUUGGGUUUUAUGCGUGGAUGUGAGCCCAGAUGGGGCGGCUAUCGCCACUGGUUCAAGUGAUAGAACUGUAAGGCUCUGGGAUCUUAACAUGAGGGCGUCUGUUCAGACUAUGAGCAACCAUACAGACCAAGUAUGGGGAGUUGCAUUUAGACCACCUGGAGGAAAUGAUGUGCGAAGCGGUCGGCUUGCUAGUGUAUCAGAUGAUAAGAGCAUAUCACUGUAUGAUUAUUCCUGA